AUGUUCCCGGUGACACAGAAAGAUGCUAUGAAUAUCAAAGUGACAGUUGAGCUUAAAUUGAAUAAAUCGGUGGAUGUGUCCAUGGACAUGAUCGACUCUGACAAUGUCUUGAUUGGAGAUCCCGUCAAAGUGACUUUUAAGAUAAAGAAUAAUUCGGACAAAGUACGCAAUGUAGACGUCAUGGUUACGGCGAAGGUUGUAGCGUACACCGGCGUGCCGGGUACUCAGGUGAAACAGCUUAAAGACGGUGUGAGUCUUCAACCUGGACAAGAGAGUUACUUAUAUUUGAAUAUCAAUCCAACCGAUUACCUUGAUAAACUGGUCGACAUGGCCAUGAUGAGGAUGCACGCACUGGCACGCGUUGUUGAGACAAACCAGGUAUAUUGUGAAGUCGACGAUUUCCGAUUAAAGAAGCCUGAUAUUAUUAUUACUGCCCCAGAGUCCGUAGUUGUCGGUGAAGAGUUCAUUGUGCGAGCUGAAUUCAAGAAUCCCCUUCAGAAACCACUGACCAGAGGCGAGUUCACAGUUGAAGGACCUGGGCUGCAGAAACCAUUAGAGAUUAUUUGCCGUGAAUCCAUUGCACCCGGAGAGGUUGUCAAGGUUUCAUCCGACAAGUUAACAGCUAAGAAACCUGGUGAAAGAGUAUUGAUCGUUACCUUCGAUUCCCUGGAACUAUCUGACUUGGCGGACGAUGCUGAUAUCCUUGUCAAACCAGCAUAGAUCGGUGAUCGAAAUCAGAUAAUUGGAUCCUGUCAUUCUAAUCACUUCUAUGCUGAAUUCGAUUGGUUUGAAAGAUGACGACAUACACGCACU